AUGAUUAAAAUAGUUGCAAUUUUACUGGUGGUGAGCGCCGGCAUUUUGGCCGACCCGGUGCUGAAACCUCAGAUCAUCGGCGGGACUGAUGCUAAACGGGGCGACAAUCCGCACAUGUGUUCGCUGCGGUCAACCCGACACGGGUGCGGGGCGUCCAUCAUAAGCGCCAAUUGGGCGGUUACUGCCGCUCAUUGUGUGGAAGGUGUGGCUCCAUCGGCCCGUACAUUACGGUGCGGGACACUCGUUGCCGAACAGGGAGGGAAAGACUACAAAAUAGCGCAAAUUAUUAUACACCCCGACUACGAUACACCCACCAUGAUCAACAACGACAUUGCCUUACUUAAAAUAGAAGGUGCUUUCGAUCUAGGUACACAGGACUCAGAUAUUAUCAAACUACCCGUUCAAGACUCGGACUUGGCUACCGAUGCGGUAGUAACUGUCACCGGUUGGGGACACCUAGUAAAUGGUGGUCCUGCGAAUUCGGUCAAUUUACAAACACUGGACGUACCGGUUGUGGGAAGGGCUGACUGUACUGAGAAAUACAAAUCCUUUAAUCCGGUUACAACUGCCAUGUUUUGCGCGGGACUUCCCGAUGGUGGGGUGGAUGCGUGUCAGAAUGAUUCUGGUGGACCUGUUAAAUAUAAUGGUGAACUUGUAGGCAUAGUAUCAUGGGGUCGACAAUGUGCGUUGCCAAACUACCCUGGUGUCUAUGUCCGAGUGGCUUUAUUCCGCAAUUGGAUUACACAAAAUACUGUGUUCAUUUUACUGGUGAUUAGCGCCACCACUUUGGCCGACCCGGUACUGAAACCCCAGAUCAUCGGCGGGACUGAUGCCAAACGGGGCGACAAUCCGCACAUGUGUUCGCUGAGGUCCACCCGACACGGGUGCGGGGCGUCCAUCAUAAGCGCCAAAUGGGCCAUAACUGCCGCUCAUUGUGUGGAAGGUGUAGCUCCAUCAGCCCGUACAUUACGGUGCGGUACACUAUUGCACGAGCAGGGAGGGAAGGACUACACCAUAUCCGAGAUGAUUAUGCAUCCCGACUAUGACAAGCCUACCAUAAUCAAUAAUGAUAUCGCCUUGCUCAAAAUAAAUGGCGAAUUUGAUAUAGGCAUUCCCGACUCGGAUAUCAUUAAACUGCCCACAAAGGGUUCGGAAUUGUCACCGGGUACUAUCGUAACAGUAACCGGAUGGGGGUAUCUGGUGAAUGGUGGAGGGUCAUCACCGGCAACCUUACAGACGGUAGAUGUACCUGUUGUUGAUAGGGGCUACUGCGCAGAGAGAAACAACCACGUUGCCCCGGUAACCAACGCUAUGUUCUGCGCAGGUGUACCCGAAGGGGGUAAAGAUGCGUGUCAGAAUGAUUCUGGUGGUCCAGUUAAGUAUAAUGGUGAAUUGGUGGGCAUAGUAUCGUGGGGUAAACAGUGCGCACUGCCUGAUUACCCAGGUGUAUACGCACGAGUAUCUGUUUUUCGUGAUUGGAUUAAACAGAAUACCGGUGUUUAA